CACUGCUCCUGUCUUCGAGCUACGAUGGGCAAGCCCUAUGUCUCUCUAGCAGUGCAACUGCUUAUUUGUUGCGCUUUGAUGAUGCCGGUCUCGGCCCAGUCUGUCGCUGCAGCCCCAUCUCCAUCCUCUCCGGCUCCGGCGACUCGGAACUUCACGUGGGACGUGGAGUACAUCAUGUGGGCGCCGGACUGCCAUCAGAGCGUGAUGAUCGGCAUCAACGGCGAGUUCCCCGGCCCCACGAUCAGUGCCAACGCCGGCGACCUCAUCAGGGUCGAGGUGACCAACAGCCUACAUACCGAGGGCGUCGUCAUCCAUUGGCAUGGAAUCAGACAGAUCGGCACACCGUGGGCUGAUGGAACGGCGUCGAUAUCCCAGUGCCCAAUCAACUCAGGGGAGAGGUUCACCUACGAGUUCAUAGCUGACAAGCCUGGAACCUUCUUCUACCACGGGCACUUCGGGAUGCAGCGGGCGGCGGGUCUCUACGGCUCGCUGAUCGUGAACGGCACGGAGCAGCAGCCGGAGCCGUUCGCGGCCGAGUACGACGGCGAGCUCAACAUGCUGCUCAGCGACUGGUACCACGAGAACGUGUACGCGCAGGCUGCCGGGCUCGACGGCAAGGACAAGCACUGGGAGUGGGUCGGCGAGCCUCAGACGAUUCUCAUCAACGGGAGGGGCCAGUUCGGGUGCUCCCUGGGAAUAACCGGCGACCGCAGGGCCUGCGACAGGAGGAAACGGGACGCCUUGUGCAAGGAAGGGGACAAGAGCGAACGCUGCGAGCUCAUCCGCCGGAGCGAGUGCGGUCCCUUCUGCGAGCGCAGCCAGUGCUCGCCGGUGGUCUUCGACGUCGACCCCGGCAAGACGUACAGGCUCCGGAUCGCCAGCACCACCUCCCUCUCCGCUCUCAACGUGCAGGUCCAAGGGCACAAGCUGACAGUGGUUGAGGCCGACGGCAACUUCGUGGCGCCAUUCGACGUCGACGACAUCGACAUCUACUCCGGCGAGACCUACUCCGUGCUGCUGACGACGGACCAGCGAGCGUCGUCGUCGUCGUACUGGAUCUCCGUCGGCGUGAGAGGGCGGAGGCCCAAGACACCGCCCGCGCUGGCCAUCCUAAACUACACCAACAGCAAGCCGGGCCGCAGCAGCUGGCCGGCGAGCGUGCCUCCGGCGACACCGGCCUGGGACAACGUGACGCGCAGCAAGGAGUUCACCUACAGGAUCAAAGCCCGCGACGGCACGCCGACGCCGGCGGCGGCCGCCGUGGACCGGCGGAUCACCAUGCUCAACACGCAGGACUGGGUGCAGGGGCACGUCAAGUGGGCCAUCAACCACGUCACCCUGUCGCUCCCGGCCACCCCUUACCUCGGCGCCUACUUCUACGGCAUCGAGGACAUCGCGUUCGACUCCUCCGGCGAGUCGCCGGACGGCUACGACCGCCGCUACGACAUCAAAAAGCCGCCGGGCGCGCAGGCACCGGCGGCCAGGGUCCCCACGACGGCGAGCGACCGCGUGUUCCGGAUCGCGCACGGCGCCGUCGUCGACGUGGUGCUGCAGAACGCGAACGCGCUGGAGGAAGACGUCAGCGAGUCGCACCCGUGGCAUCUGCACGGCCAUGACUUCUGGGUGCUCGGCUACGGCGAUGGCGUCUACGACCAUGCCAGGGACUCCAGGAAGCUCGACACGGCGACCCCGCCGCUGCGGAACACGGUGGUGCUGUUCCCGCACGGCUGGACGGUGCUCCGGUUCGUGGCGGACAACCCGGGGGUGUGGGCGUUCCACUGCCACAUCGAGCCGCACCUCCAUUUGGGCAUGGGGGUCAUCUUCGCCGAAGGGAUGGAGAAGCUAAGGGAGCUCAAUGUGCCCAGGGAGGCUAUCACCUGCGGAGAGGCCAAGACGGCGUCGCUCUCGCUCGCUCCGGCAGUGGCGCCGUCGCGACCAUAGACAUGACAUGGACUCGUGGAGAUGUUGGAUGCUGGUUUCGAUCCUACUAUGCCCGGCCGUUCCAGUGGUACACUAAUGCAUGCAGUGUACGAAAAUUAGUAUGCACGUACGUAGAGUUCCCAUAUAGUACUUAAUGUUAUAAUAUAAUCCUAAAGAAAAUCAUUUUAAACAAGGUUUGAGUUAAACAUUAAGAAUAUAAAUUAUGAAUAAUUUUUAAGUUCUUGAA